UUUUGUUUUUUCGCUUGCUCUGCGCGUUUAUAAAAUGGAUAAAUUUCUCAAAAGAUCGCAGCCUUCAACAUCUGGUACGAGUAUCAAUAGCGGUGGUGGUGAAUCAUAUCCGAAAAAAAAAUAGACAUUACGAUGACAGUUAUUUGAAAUACGGGUUCACAGUCAUAAAUAAUAAUCCUCAAUGUGUAAUUUGCGGCGAUGUUUUAUCAAGUGAGAGUAUGAAACCGUCAAAGCUUAUGCGGCAUCUCACAACCAAGCAUCAAAAAGAAGCUGAUAAGCCGUUGGAUUUCUUUGAACGAAAGUUGAAAGCUCUUAGUCAGCAGCAAAAUACUAUAAUUCAGGCAUCCAGUGUCAACGAGUCAACAUUAUUAGCUAGCUACAAAGUCGCAUAUCGAGUUGCUAAAUCAGGGAAACCACAUACAAUUGCCGAAAAUCUUAUUUUGCCAGCGGCACUCGAUAUGGUUGAAAUUAUGGUUAGUAAGCAGGAGGCAAACAAAUUACGAAAAGUACCACUUUCUGACAAUACUAUUUCACGCAGAAUAAACGAUAUGGCCAAGGAUAUUCAAGAACAAGUAGUCGAAAAAUUAAAGAAUAGCCAACAUUUUGCUUUGCAGUUCGAUGAAUCUACAGAUGUUUCCGACUGUGCACAGUUUGUAGUAUUUGUGCGCUUUGAAGCAGAUGACAGUAUUACGGAAGAAAUCUUAUUUUGCAAAGCACUUCCUGCAAACACUACUGGCCAGUGUUUGUACGAUAUGUUUUUAGAAAGCACUUGCCACUACGAUAUUGAUUGGAAAAAAUGUAUCGCUAUUUGUAGCGAUGGCGCUAAAGCUAUGACUGGCAAAAAUAGCGGACUCAUUGCAAAAUUAAAAUCGAUAAUACCAAACAUAUCCUGGACACACUGUUUUCUUCAUCGACAGGCUCUAUCUGCUAAGGUAAAGCUUUGCAAACCCGGCUAUUCAGAAUCGUUUGUGAAGAUAUGGGCUCGCUUCAUCAAAAUCUCCUUUAUCACACAGAGGUCAGGUGGCUAUCCAAAGGAAAGGUAUUGACAAGAGUUCUGGAACUGAGAGCUGAAUUGUUAAUGUUCUUACAAGAUGCAAAAUCAGAAUAUGCUUACCGUUUUUCUGACCCUAUUUGGCUCUUGAAAUUAGCAUUUUUGGCCGAUCUUUUUAGCCACCUUAACAAUUUGAACAAGAACCUUCAAGGAAGAAACGAAAAUAUUUUAACAGCUAAAGAUAAAGUAAAAGCAUUUCACGCAAAACUUCGUUUGUGGUCGACCUCUCUGCAAAACAAAAUGUUUAAGUCUUUUCCGUGUGUUCAGAAGAUUGUUGAAGAUAAUGCAUCAGACCAAAGUUUUGCAGUAUCGGCUCAUAUUCCUUGCAUGAUACAAAGCUUGCAUAAUUUACAAGAGAAACUUUUGACAUACUUUCCAGACUUGCACUCUGAAGCUGACAAUGGGCGUAGAUGGAUUUUAAACCCUUUUUUGGACAAAUCAAUAGAUCUGGCUGAUGUCAACACAAAAAUAAAAGAAUGUCUUCUAGAAUUAGCUACUGAUGGCAUGCUUAACAUGGAAUUUAAUUCGCAAAGUAUCGACGUGUUUUGGAUGAAAAGAAAACACGAAUAUCCAGAGCUGGCAAGGGAAGCUCUUAAAUUAUUAGUACCAUUCGCCACUUCAUACUUGUGUGAACUGACAUUUUCUUCAAUGGUAGACAUUAAAACUAAAAAGAGAAAUAGACUGCAAUUAGAAAAUGAUUUAAUUAUUAAUAUUUCAAA